GGGAGUCAGGUAAAGCUACCACAGUCGAGUGGCGGAACGAGCUACGGAGAAGUUUACCGACGAUCAGGAAUCUAUACCUCACAAUCAAGAGACAAGCGCAAGGAAAUCAAAUUGUUUUAUACUAGCUCGUGAAAUAACAUUGGAUAUUGGAAGAGGAGGGAUUUCGAUUGUUUAAGGUCAGUUGCGAAUUGAUCAUAUGACAUCAGAAAAGGUAGAAACAUUCUUGAGUCAGUUACCAACUGCAGAUAAUUCUACGUUGCCUGAACUCAUAUUGUCCAUCACAGAGUGUCCUGGUAUGUUUAUAAACUUGGUUCAUGUUUUUUCUGAGGUUUAUUCGUCUUUGGCGAAUUCCUCGAUCAUCCGAAGAUUCAGUCUCUUGAGAAUGGUGAACUUUCUCAGUAUUUUGAUUUGAUGAAUCUGUUUUGCUAUGGCACAUUUGAGACUUAUGCUUCCAAUCAUUCGGCAUAUCCGGAACUAAGGCCCGCCCAUAUUCGAAAAUUAAAACAAUUGUCAAUUAUCGAUGAGGCACAUAACCAGAAGCGCAUACCAUAUGACCUAUUAUUCAAAAAGCUUGGUCUUACUUCAUCGAGGGAUUUAGAAGAUCUGAUUAUUGAGCUUUUUUACCUUGAGGCAAUAACAGGCAAACUUGACCAGCAAAAAGCUUUACUGGAGGUCGACUCGGCUGUUGGGCGUGAUAUACGUAUUGAAGAAAUUCCUCAACUUCAUCAGAAGCUUGAUUCAUGGUGUAAUCAAGUUGAAAAUGUACUGGCUCAUAUAGCUAGUGAGAUAAAAGGAGUUAAUGAUCGCCGAUGUCAAUCAGAAAUGCAUCAAAAGGAGAUCUCGGAAGCCUCUUUGUCAAUCAAAGAGGCUUUAAGAGGUCAGCUAGCUAAGUCAGAUGCUCGUGGUUUACGAAUGGAUGUUGACGACUUACUUGUUCAUCCUGACGUACUGGAUAAUCGUGUCGAAAAUAGUCGUCAAAGCUCGAGUAAUGCUGAAAGUGGUGUUGGUGAUCGUGAUGGCCGCAGUAGGAUGACUGUCUUCAGAAAUCUUCGACAUGGCAAAUCAAGCAAAAUACAGUAAUACAAAACUUGCUUCGUUUUAAUCUGACUAUCAUUGAUUACGAAGAAUUUUUUCAGUGAUACUCGGGCAGAUGACGUGUCGCUUAUUCACGACAAGUGUAAUUUAUUUCCUGUACAAUUUUCGCAUACCAAUAUAUAUUUUUCACCAUUUUUAAGGUUUUUGAUAGUUGUUCUGAUAUUUUGAAAUUUUUCCGUCAUACCUGUUGUAUAUUUUGAGUGACAGAUCAAGUUUGAUAAGAUCUCUUAUUUUGUGUCACCUAUCAUAACAAGUCCCGGAAUUAUCAGGUGCAAAAAUUUCGCCUCACCUCGUUUUCUUGGUUACUUAUUGACGACUCAUUUUAUUUCUCUUCACUUCUUUAUUUUGAGAUGUUACAAAGUAUGGCAACAUGGAUUGGCUCUGUUUUGAGCAAAGCUAUGCUUUGAGUAGUUUGUCUGUGUUGUAAGCAUACUUUUGAAUAAAAAGUUGCUUCGUUCUUUGGCUGUCGAUCCUGUUAUCUCGAUAAAUUGAUAGACGUGAAAAGUGUCUACUUUGUAGGGAGAUUUUGUGAUGCAUCACAUUUUCAUCUAUCGUACAGAGUUUAAACUCGUUUUUGGUUAUAUUGACUGAUUUUACGUUAGGCGAUUAGGUAAAGUUGUAAACUAUCUAAGCAUAUAUUCAAACUUUGAAAAAACAUCUUAAGCUCUGUGGGAAAAGUAAUUUGAUACCACAGUCUUAUCAAAGAAAUAAGUAAGGUUAGAGUAGUGAGUAAAAUUGGGAAGUAGUCAGAGAAGAAGGAAAAUAAAAAUAUAACCUUUUUUUCUGUUAGGUUAUUUAUGAGUUGAUUGAUCUCGAAGCAUUUUUAGUCACAGACAAGCAUAAAUUAAAAACACACAUUGUGAGUGCUUCAUACUGAUUCGAGCUUUCAACGGGAAACUUGCUUGUUGGCUACAUCACCUUAAUAAAGCAGCAAUGUGUCUUCAGUGAGUACCGUUCUCUAAGAAUAUCUUUACAUUUCUGUUUAACUCGGAGGCUGUCUACCUAAAAACUGCAUUAAAUGUUAUGCGCUAUGCAGCUUCAACAAAGAUAUGGGUCCUCUGAUUCUGAGGUAAUUUGUGAAAACGAUGUGUAUUCUGAGUGGAGUUGAGGAAAGAAGGCUUAACGGAUUGGUUAGUUAAGUAUUUAAGGUUAGUCAGGAAUUAUUAGGUAGAAUAAAAAGAGUACCAUUUAGAAUAUGCGAAUCCAGUGAAGCUCAUAAUAAUGAUGUAGAUUGGUAAUCAUCCCGAUUUUUAAGAUAUGCCAUUUGUUAUGCUAACGGCACGAGAAUCCUUAAUAUUCCGUUUAAAGCUCAAGGAUAUGUAAAGUCUCCAAAACACCAGAAUGUACCAAACAUGUAUAGGUUUAGGCGAUGACGCAUUGAUCAUUUCUUUCAUCUUUGAUAAUUUUUAGAAUACAAGUGUACUGAUCGGUACACUGACAUAUAAUUUUUCUAAACUUGAACUCAACAUUCGAGGUGUGUGAUCCAGAGGUGUUAUGAUAGUCUUCGACUGCGUCUAUAAAGCCAUGUUAUACUAGUCAAGAAGUUAACACUGACGAAACUCUCUUCUGAAUGAAAUUGUGAGUAUAUCUGACGUGUUCUUUGUCCUUAUUAAGUACUA